GAGAAUUCCAUCAUCAUCCCGUCUGGAAUCUCUCUUUUCUUUUACUCUCUUCUUUCACAUCCCAACACAACCCCCCCUUUUGGUCGAACGGCUCGUUUGGCUCUGCCUACUCUCGGUCCGAUCAUGUCCUCCGCACCUUCAGCUGCUGCCCCCAUCAAGGGCAUGCGGAAAAAUGGAAAAAACUGGCAUGAUACCAAGAAGCCGUUCCGCCCUACUUCGGGCAUGACCUCCUACGCUAAGCGACUGGAAGCACGAAAGCACCAUGAAGCCGUGAAGGAACACGAGAAAGAGUUGAAGGAAGAAAAGGAGGCAGAGAGACAGGCGCAUAUCCAAAGAAUCAAGGAUCGUCGAGCCGCUAAGGAGGAGAAGGAACGUUAUGAGAAGAUGGCCGAGAAAAUGCACCGCAAGCGAGUCGAGCGCCUGAAGCGCCGCGAAAAGCGCAACAAGUUGCUGAACUCUUGAUUGCCGUCGGCUCUGGUCCUUCUUUCCUUCCUUAUACUCCCAGCUUCAUUUCUUUUUCUACCUUUUAUUAUUUCGCCUUGUCUGUUGAUCACUAACCCGUCUACAUCUCGUUCGAGUGGUGGCUGAUGUACCCCCACGCCGUAAACUUUGUAUCAUUCACCUUUACACCAUGUUUCCUUUCUUGCCGGGUUUGGGAAUUACGGCCGAUUGAUGGCUACUGUUUCAUGACAAGUGGAGUUCGCU